AAACAUCUAUUUAGCUGUCACUCGUCUCACUAUUUCAGAAACCAAGUCUUCAAUUUCACCUGGAUCAUAGAAACAGGGCUUGGGCCUGUUUAUUCCAAAAAUCCCCAACGUUAAACCCUCGGAAGAAUUCAAAACAAAACAAAACUCGUCCCAACCAACUAGAAAGAAAGGGCUACUUCCUUGAGCUCCGCUCCGCAUCCAACUAAACGAUCAUGUUCACCAUUGCUCUAACUGUCGCAGUCUGUUCCUCAAUCGGUUCGAUUUAAUCUGGUGCGACGCAAAUCCAAUGCUGCGUAUCUGCGCAAAACUCCUGGGCGCGCCCUGGACUCGAAGCCUAACGAGCGCGGGCACGCCUCGAGACGAGUACUUCGCCGCAAUCCACCACGUGUCGAACAUCGUGCGGCGCGACUUCUACAUGGAGCGCACCCUGAACAAGCUCCGCAUCAGCGUGACCCCGGAGCUGGUGUUCCGCGUCCUCCGCGCCUGCUCCAAUUCCCCCACCGAGUCCCUCCGCUUCUUCAACUGGGCCCGCACCCACCCCUCCUACGCCCCCACCUCCCUCGAGUUCGAACAAAUCAUCUCCACCCUCGCCCGCGCCAACAAGUACCAGUCCAUGUGGUCCCUCGUCCACCACCACCACCGCCUCUCCCUCUCCCUCUCACUCUCCCCCGCCGCCCUCGCCUCCGUCAUCCACGCCUACGGCCACCACCGCCACGUCGACCACGCCGUCGCGGUCUUCAACAAGGCCUCCCUCUUCCGCUGCCCCCAGACCCUCCCUCUCUACAACGCCCUCCUCUCCGCCCUCUGCCACAACAGCCUCUUCCACGCCGCCUACGCCCUCGUCCGCCGCAUGCUCCGCAAGGGCGUGGCCCCCGACAAGACCACCUACGCCCUCCUCGUCAACGCCUGGUGCUCCUGCGGCAAGUUGCGCGAGGCCAAGCUCUUCCUCACUGAAAUGAGCGACAGAGGCUUCAACCCCCCCGUCAGAGGCCGCGACCUUCUCGUUGAGGGGCUGCUCAACGCAGGCUACGUCGAAUCCGCCAAGGGGAUGGUCAGGAACAUGAUCAAGCAAGGCCUGCUUCCCGAUGUUGCUACUUUCAACGCUGUCGUGGAGACUCUCUGCAAGUCCGCGGAAGAGGUUGAGUUUUGCGUUCAGCUUUAUCACGAGGUUUGCGCUUUGGGGAUGGUUCCUGAUGUUAACACUUACAAGAUCCUUAUUCCUGCUGUUUCCAAGGGUGGGAUGGUGGAUGAGGCUUUUAGGCUGUUGAAUAAUUUUACUGAGGAUGGUCACAGACCGUUUCCUAGCUUGUAUGCGCCUGUUAUCAAGGCUUUGUGUAGGAGGGGGCAGUUUGAUGAUGCGUUUUGCUUCUUUGGGGAUAUGAAGGCCAAGGCGCAUCCUCCUAACAGACCUCUCUAUACCAUGCUUAUUACCAUGUGUGGUCGUGCUGGCAAGUUUGUUGAGGCUGCUAAUUAUAUAUUUGAAAUGACGGAGAUGGGCUUGGUUCCCAUUUCACGAUGUUUUGACAUGGUUACUGAUGGAUUGAAGAAUUCUGGCAAACAUGAUUUGGCUAAGAGAGUGCAAGAACUCGAAGUUUCUAUCCGUGGUGUUUGAUGCCUCGUGUAUUAAUGUAUUAUUCUCAUACACAGCCAGUCACAACCUCACAAGUCUUCUGCAUAAUUGAAUAUAGGUCCUAAAGCCUUAUUCUUCUAUCUCUUUUCCUAUAUUUUAUUCCCUCUAUCUCAUAGGGUUAGUUAGCAGUUAUGUUAGAAAGAAGGGGAUAAAAGUGCUGGGAAUCCCUAGGAUACAUUCCAAGAUAUCUUGAACAAGCUGGGACAAAAUUCUUGAGAAUUAGCGAAAUUCCUCCAGGAAAAACAAGCCACCAGUAGUAGAGAGAAAGUGUUGUCACGAGACCUGCGAUGGAAGAGAAGAGAAGCUUCAGCAGGCCAGGUGACCCACUUCCACCACCAAAACCACCGAAUGUUAUUCGAGUUGCAACGGCCUAAGAUAUUCCUGAAUCAUGUGCCUACUCAAUUAUAGUCAAAAUCUAAUUUUUAAAAACAGCCUUGAGUCAAAAUCAAGUUUGUGCAAGUUUGGUAGGGAAUAGAGGACCAUGUUUUUACUGUAAUUGUUGUACUUCCUCUGAUUUAUUGACAUUCUUUCAGCAA